AUGACGAUAAUGUAAAUGGCGAUAAUGAUGAUAAUGUCGAUGGAAUAACGCCAUCGAGGUUAAGAUUAUUCGAACAACAUCUUGAUCGUGUGACAUCUUCGCCAGAUUUUGAUGGUCAAAGAUUAUUUACUACUUUAAUUCAAGAUAUCAAUAACGAAUUACCGGAAGACCAACGAUUUACCACGGAGGAAGCUCAAGCAGCAUUAAAGAAGAUGGAAGAUGUGAAUAAG